AGGCUAAAACGCUCGCUGUCCUUCAAGACCAUGAUGCGCAGUAAAAGCGUGGAGAACUUCUUCCAAAGGUCCUACAGCGACGCUCGCCUGCCCCCGGAUUUCAUCACUGACCCGCCGCCUCCUUCUCCCCCUCUGCUGCCUGGCUCUCCUCUCGUCGGUGACCGCUCACCGUCCAUUUCUCCAUCUCUCAGCCCCAACCCCUCCAUUUCCUCCCACUCCCCCUCCCUAAGCCUUUCCCCAUCACUGCCCACCAAACCUCCCCGACCUCAGAUCACCCACUGUUUUCAGGACCAUGUCUUUCGCAAGCCCACCAACUGCCAGCACUGCAAGCACAUGAUCGUGGGAAACUCCAAACAAGCUCUGCGGUGUAAAACGUGCAAGAUGGCCGCUCACCUCUGGUGUACCUCAGAACUAUCGCAGCAGCCAUGUCAUGGGAAGUCUGGAGCGUUCAAGCGAAACUUCAGCUCGCCAAUGCUUGUCAAUGACCAACUGGCUGUCGUCAAGGAAAUACAACCAAGCCAAGAGGCUCCGCGGACGCGUGUAGACCCCGUGUAUGCCGCCUUGCGCUACGGGACAUCCUUGGCACAGAUGAGCCGCUCCAGUUUUGGCAGUUUGUCAGAGUCACCAACGCGCAGCCUGGGGGAGGGAGGUGAGGAGAGGCAGCAGAGACAGUGCAGCAUGGAGGAAGAGAUAACUCAGGAGACAGGGGCACGUCUGUCCGCGUACCCCCCUGUCCCUGACGCUGAGAUGGAGAAGGAGGAGGAAGAGAGCAGCGGCCAGGCUCAGACUCCUGCAGAGGAGAGCAAUGUGAAGGUGCCCAAGCGCAUUGAAGUUCACUCCAUCCACACCUAUGUAGCACUCUACAAGUUUCUGCCUCAGGAACCGAAUGACCUGGAACUACAUCCUGGUGAUCGGGUGCAGGUCACUGACGACUCUAAUGAGGAGUGGUGGAAGGGAAAGAGCGGCGACAGAGUCGGCUUCUUCCCUGCCAACUUUGUGCAGAGGGUCCGGCCAGGAGAGAGAGUGUGGCGGGUCAUCCAGGGCGUCUCCGGCAUCCGAGAGAGAGGACACAUGGCCGUCAGGGAAUCCCAGAUCUGUGUGGGGAAGCGAGAAGAAGGCGAAGUGUUUCUGAAGCUGAGCAGCGGGAAGAAGAGAGGGCUGGUCCCAGCUGACUCCAUAGAGGAGAUCUGA